CUCUUUGCCACCUAACAAUCGACAAAUCACACCAGCAAACAUGGCCUCGCCUCUCGUUCUCGGUCUCGGAGUCCUCGGUGCCGCUUUCGGCGGCCGCGUCGCGUACCAGAUGUUCCGGGGCGGCGCGCGCGGCGCCGACAAGUGGGUCAAGGGCGGCUUCAAGGGCAAGAUGGACAAGGCCGAGGCGAUUGCCGUGCUGGGUUUGAAGGAGCCCCUCACCUCCGCCAAGCUCAAGGAGCACCACCGCCGCUUGAUGCUUGCCAACCACCCAGACCGAGGAGGCAGCCCGUACCUCGCAGGCAAGGUCAACGAAGCCAAGGCGCUGCUUGACAAGCAGGUCCGCAAGUAGACGCACUCGUACUGUUGUGUUCGCAUUGUAAUAUCACUGGCAUCGGCUCAUCAUGCAUAACCUCUCAGCUUGG